AUGCCUAAUAUUAUAGUGUUUGUAGAUAAAUUAUCUAAUGUUUUAUUUACAUAAUGUCUUUAUUAUAGAUUCAAUAAAAGAUUUUAUCCAAAGAGUGAUUUAAUGAAAUUAACUCUUAUAGAAAACAGAAUCAGAAUUCUAACAGCAAAUUAUUUUUGA